AUGAUCAGAUCUAGUGGAAACACCAUUACUAACAAGUUGUUAUCAUCAUCAAUUCAAUUGUUUGUUGCCAAAAGAUUGAAGUCAUCUUCAUCCUCCACAUCAGCUUUGGCUUAUAAGCAACUACACAAGAACAAAAACAUUCCACCAUUACCAACGCUGGAAACACCUUCAUGGAACGCUUCUUCAGCAGUAUCUUCUAUCUUAUAUGAAACACCUGCUCCCUCCAAAACAGUAAGAAAGCAACAUGUUCUAAAUUGUUUGGUACAAAAUGAACCAGGUGUUUUGUCUCGUAUUAGUGGUACAUUAGCUGCACGUGGUUUCAACAUUGAUUCAUUAAUUGUUUGCAACACCGAAGUAUCUGAUUUAAGUAGGAUGACACUUACUCUAAAAGGACAAGAUGGCGUGAUUGAACAAGCUAGGCGUCAAAUUGAAGAUUUGGUUCCAGUCUAUGCCGUCUUGGAUUAUACUCAAAGCGAUAUAAUUAAGAGAGAAUUAUUACUAGCCAGAGUUUCCUUGUUGGGUGCUGAAUAUUUUGAAGAUUUGAUUCAUCACCACAAUGAAAGAGCCGCAAAUUCCAAUGAUAAUACUGUUACUGAUAAUAUUAGAAACCAGCUAUAUCAUCCAAGUAACUUACCAUUAAGUGAAGUUUUAAGAUUGAAACAUGAACAUUUGAAUGGUAUCACUAACUUGGUUAAAAACUUUGGCGGUAAAGUUGUUGAUAUCAGCGAGACAAACUGUAUUGUUGAAUUAAGUGCCAAACCCAGUCGUAUUUCUGCCUUUUUGAAAUUAGUUGAACCAUUUGGUGUCUUGGAAGUUGCAAGAAGUGGUAUGAUGGCUGUGCCAAGAACUCCAGUUAAUGCUGAUGGUAAUGAAGAAGAACUAGAGAAGGAAAUCAGCGAAAUUGUUGAUACUACUCAAUUACCACCUGGUUAG